CAAGAAUCAAAAUUAUAGAGCUGGAGAAAAAUAGAAAAAGAAAAAGAACAGAACCAAAAACAUUUCUUGCCGAGUAGGCUCAAUCAAUGGUUGUGGUAGUUCUAGUUUUUGGUUGCUGUUUUUCCAUUUAGUUCUGCUACGGGGAGUUGGGGACUGCGGGUAAGUGGGUGCCUGGUGGCAAAGGUAGACCGCGUUGAAGUCAAGGCCGGUAGGCUGGGUUUUUUCAUGAGACCCGUGUUAGUUUUUGCGUAAACAACCCAGAAUACUAGAAAACACGCAUAUACAUUUUUUGGAAAACAAGCAAGGACCAAGGACAGCCCACCCACAGGGCAUUCUGCGGCCUCAUCCCAGAUCUCUCACGGGAUUCUUAGACAGUAUACCCUGAAAAUCUAGUUGUUUUGAUCAAUAGCACCAGUGAAACCUGUCUGUCACGGGUGCUAGCUGAUCCUGUGAACAGAAAAAGGUGAACUCCAUCUCUUGUGUACAAUUCAUUUAGGUUCCUACUAAGUUUUCUUACAUAUCUUGCAUGUUAAAAAUUGUUCUUUCUCUUGAAGCAAUUGCCCAAAAUCAUUGAAAGUACAGUUCUGUUGAUUAAUUGGACUGGUUAGGCCAGCUUACAAUUAGUGCUAUAUGACUCACUGAGCAGAAAGUUACACUUUGUUUCUGAGAGAUACAGGUGGUUUUUCAAUUUAUUUUUCACACAUAUCUAAUGGUUAAAAGUUUGACACUCUGAAUAUAAUUCAUCAAUGAUCUAUAUUCAGUCAAAUGUGUAUUUUAUAUUUGCCUGAUACUCAUUGCUAUGCUUGCCUCCAUUGAUGCUUAUACAAUAUUUCAGUUACAUUUAUAGCUUUCUGGGGUUUCAAUUAAGAUGCCCAACUCAUCUGAGGAGACGGAUAAACUCAAUACGAACUCUGGCCAUAAUGUGAGGGAAGAGAGUGAAUAUGUCAGGCUGGUCAUAUCCAAUGAAGCAAGGUUAUCUGAAGCUGACAUUUUACAACCUCAAGCAGAAACAAGGAUUAAAUCAUUCAUCUGGUGGCUCAAAGCUUUAAUUUUUUGUGUUGUUAAUGUAAUAUUUCUUCUCAUUUUCUUGAAAUGGGGAGCACCAUUUAUGUUUGAGAAGAUUCUCCUCCCAAUCAUGCAUUGGGAAGCUACUGCUUUUGGCCGUCCAGUUCUCGCUUUUGUGCUUGUUGCUUCUCUGGCAUUGUUUCCUGUGCUGCUAAUCCCUUCUGGCCCCUCAAUGUGGUUGGCUGGAAUGAUUUUUGGAUAUGGUCUUGGGUUUGUUAUAAUCAUGAUUGGAACAACCAUAGGAAUGGUCCUGCCUUAUUUGAUUGGACUCCUAUUCCGUGAUCGAAUCCAUCAAUGGUUAAAAAGAUGGCCACAGAAAGCUGCCAUGAUUAGACUGGCUGGAGAAGGAAGCUGGUUCCAUCAAUUUCGAGUGGUUGCACUUUUUAGGGUUUCACCAUUUCCAUACACAAUUUUCAACUAUGCAAUAGUAGUAACAAGUAUGACAUUUUGGCCCUAUUUAUGGGGAUCAAUUGCUGGAAUGGUACCAGAAGCUUUCAUUUACAUCUAUAGUGGUCGGUUAAUAAGGACGUUAGCAGAUGUGCAGUAUGGUAAUCAACACCUCACUACGUUGGAAAUUAUAUACAACAUCAUCUCCUUCAUUGUUGCUAUCAUCACCACAGUUGCUUUUACUAUUUAUGCAAAGAGAGCUUUAAAUGAGCUUAAAAUGGAGACCAAUGGAGAAGAAGCAUCUACUUCUGAACUUUCGAGUUUUGAGAUGGAGAAGCUUCCUCUUGAAAGACCCAAGCACCUGGGUUUCUCUUCAUAGCAUGGAUACUUGAGGAAUAUGAUGGUACUGUAAAAAUUUGUUUUAGUCAAGGGAUUUGAAUCCCUUGAUCUUUGUAAUUAUCAAAAGGGAAACCAACAGAUAUGAUUGAUAAAUAUUAAAGGUGAGAUGUUAAGAGAUAUGGAGUUUAUUGGUUCUUUAUGUAGAUUCUUUGUUACUAUCUCCAGAUUCCAUCGUAUUAAAGGUGAGAUGUUAGAGAUA